AUGGACGAAGAUUCCGCGAAGCUCGAGGAGGAGGCAAAUAGGCGGAAGUGCGCAGAGCAGCAGCCGCGGGAGCCUGAUGUCAGGCUGACGUGGCUCAAGGAGGAGCGGAGAUGCGGAGAGGACGGCGGAAGCGAGGAGGCGGAAGGGGAAGGGCACGAGUAUGGGGAUGAAGAGGAAGGGGAGAAAGAAGGGGACGGGGAGGAUGAAAAGGAGGAAGGGGAAAGGGGGGAGAUAACGGACGGGAAAACAGAGAAUGGGGAGAAAAGGGAGGACGGGGGGAAGGGGGAGGAGUGUGGGAGGGGGUAUGGCGGAGUGCUGAAGGAAAGGGAGGAGGGAGAGGAGGGAGAGGAGAUGGAGGAGGGGGAGGAGGGGGAGGAGCGGGAGGAGGGGGAGGAUGGGGAAAGGGGCGAGCCGAGUGUGGUGGAAGCGCUGCGGGAGGAGGUGGAGAUGGAGCGGAUCCUGCGCGCAUUGGCGGAGGAUGGCAUGAAGGUGCGGCGGAUAAUGGAACGGGGGUAUGGCGGAGUGCGGGACGGGGUAAAUGUCAAGAUCGAUUUACCCUUUUUUUCGUCUGAUCGCCUCUCCCCCGCUCUCCCUCGUCGUCUCUCCCUUUCCUCGUUUCUCCAUGCACAGGCAGUAGAGCAGCAGAUGGAGAGGCUAAGGGACGAGGUCAGCAGGUACAAGGGGCAGCACCAGCGAGACACAGAGACGGUGUUUCAGCUGCAGUCUUCGGAGUGGCAAGCGUUGCAGGAGGUACAGGAGGAGCGGGAGCAGCGGAGGGAGUUAGAGACGUCCCUAAUCUACCUCCACCACACUCUCCUGGAAUUGCUACCGCCAGACCUCCUCACCGACCCGCCUGUCUUUCACACCUAUUCCCACCCUCCUAUUAUCCCACCGGACCUCCUCUCGAACUUCUCAGAAACUCCGUCGCACCUUCUCACAUCGGACGACCAUGAAGACCCUUGUAACCCCCCUAUGAUUCCACCCGGCCUGCUCUCGAACCUUUCUGAAACCCCGUCGCACCUUCUCACAACGGACGGCCACGCACACCCCUGUGACCCUUCUGAGACGUCUCACAAGCUGCCAGACCUUUCGAAAACGCCGUCACAGGUGGUGCUUCCAUCCGACGGCCACGCGUACCCGUCCGUUCCUUUUGAGACGACUCAGGAGCCGUUGGAUCUCCCUGAAACGCCUUCAUCUCAAGCCUUCGCAGAGGACACGGGAGCAGGGCAGAGGAGCCCGGGGGGUCGGGUAGGGCUGAGAGGAGAGGGGGACGGGGAGGAGGUGCAUUGGGUGAGAGAGAGUUGGUUGAAGGUUGGUGGGGGGGAGAGGGCAGGGGACGGGAUCGAAAGGAUGGGACGGGGGGUUGGGAGGAGGAUGGGGGAGAGGAUGGUAGGAGAACUGCGGCAAGGGGGGAGAGAUGGGAAAGAGGUGGCAAGUGGGACUGGAGCGAUAACGGGAGGGGUUGAUAGGAGGAGAGAGCAGCAGAGAAUGCGAUGUGGUCAAUGUGAGGCACUGGAGGGGGCUGGGGUAGGAGCGGGGAGAGGAGGAGGGGCACGGAGGCGGGGAGGAGUGGAUGACGGGGAGAAAACUGCAGUGCAGAGUGAUGCUUCUAGAUGCGUGCUGGGAAACGUUGCCACCCCGCAACCUGCCGUUCCCAGGUCUACCAUCCCGAAAUCUCCCCUCCCUGAGUCUCCCCUCCCUGAGUCUGCCAUCUCCGAAUCUGCCCUCCCCAAAUCUGCUGUCCCCCCGUCGCUGGUGCCGGUGCUGCUGCUGGCUCGCGUAGCGUGCCCGUGCUGCCAGGUUGAAGGGCUGCAGUGGCUGUGCGAGGGGUGCGGGGCCAAGGGGCGGUGGGAUGGCGCGAGGGACGGGGGAGCAGGGUAUCAGGUGAAAGGGAGAGAGGAAGAGAGGGAGGAAGAGAGGGAGGCAGAGAGGGAGGCAGAGAGAGAGAAAAAGAGAGAGGAGAGAGGAAGGGACGGGCAGAGGGAGAGAGUGGAGGCGAAAAUGGGGCAGGUGGAGGAGGUGAGAGGGGAGGAGUCAGGGGACGAGAGCAACAAGGAGAUAGACCGGAAAGCGGAGAGGGUAGGCGUGAAAUCCAAGAAACUCCAGUGCGAAGGAGUGAAGGGGCAUAUGGGAGCGAAGGGAGGGAAAGGAGGGAAGGGAGGAGAGGGAGAGGAGGGAGAGGAGGCAGUGGAGGGAGUGAAGGGAGGCAAGAGAGGGAAGGGAGGGGAGGGAGUGAAGGGAAGGAUGGGAGGUGGUUCUCGCUGCCGCUGUGAUGACUGUGCUGGAUCGUACCAGGCAUGCAGCAGCAGUGAGUUUCAUUCUGGUGCUGCAGGUGCUGCUGAUGAUGCAUCUCCUGGGGGUGCCAGAACCACUGACCGAAUGUGA